AUGCACGACGAACCCCAUUUACCACCGACGAUCAGAGGAGAGUGGGAUGCCAAUAUUCGGAUUAGCCGGCGUACCCUGAACAAACGACGUUUAAGCAAUAGAGUAGUUGCUGAUCCCCAAUAUCGCCCGUUCCCUUUGUCCAACAAUGGAAAGAAACGAAAGAAUUCUCACGACAUACUACUGAUUGGCUAUUUAGGAGGCGGAACCUCUUUUACAGGAGAUAUUCUUGGGAAACGGAAUGAUAGCUUCUAUUUGUAUGAACCAUUGUAUUCCUUAUAUAGGUUUGGAUACUUCAAGCCAGACUAUAGCUGCAGUAUGAAAAAAGAAAGCUGCAGGAGAAGAAAUGCAACGAAUAGUCAAGUCCUUGAAAGAGUUCAGGCAUUAUUCAAUUGUGAGUAUGGCCAAUACGUUCACGAUGUCAACUGGUGGCAAAUCCUAAAAUCUGGUGGCGCUGAGAAGGUCAACGAUCGUCAUUGGAAAAUAUCUCCACAUUGUAAAGGAAUUUGUUUAAUGAAGUAUAUUAAUUUAUGUUCAAAAGAUGACUCCAUAGUUAGCAAAAUACCCAGAAUAAGUAUUAGCUUAGCAUCAAAAAUUUUAAACAAGUUACCGAACUUAAAAAUCAUUCAUCUCUUAAGAGAUCCAAGAGCCAUAAUGAACUCCAGGAAGAAAUAUGACUGGACCCCUGUCCCAGGUGGCGCCAUAUCUUUAUGCAACAAAAUGACCGAUGAUUUUAGAGAAUCACAUGAAGUGAAAAUUCUUUACCCCGGGAGAUUAUUGACCGUGUUUUACGAGGAUAUGGUAACAGAUCCAUUGAAGACCAUAGGAGCAAUGUAUAACUUUUCAGGUUAUGAUUUCGAUGCGGAUGAACGACACCGGAUACUUGACCAGAUCAGAAAUUCAUCGAAAAUCGCCACAGCCUGGAGAACACGUAUACACGAUGAUGUCCUGACAGAGACAAACAAAGCAUGUGCUCAUUUGUAUCCGGUUUUCGGAUACCCGCAAUUUGUGAAUCGAAUGGAAAUUAAUGAUACAAACAUCCCUCUCAGAAUGAAGACGACAGGAAGAGAAUUCCCUACAAUAUCGCCAAAUAAGUCAAAGGAUCGUUGA